AUGGCGCAGCAGAGUCCCCUCUCUGCCCAGCUGGACCGCAUAGUCCACGAGCUGCGGUCAAAGAAUGAUGAAACCAGACAACGAGCAGCCAAUACCCUGCGACAGACAGUAGAGGCAGCGCAUCGAGAACUCGCGCCCAAUGUCUUCACCAACUUCAACAAUGAAGUCUACACCAAAAUCUCGGGCCUCAUCGUCACAGGCAGCGACUCGAACGAACGCAUCGGCGGCAUUCACGCGCUCAACGCACUCAUCGACUUCCGUGGCGACGAUGCGGGCCAGAAGACGACGCGUUUUGCAUCCUACCUUAGGGCGGUAAUGCGGGGCCAGGACAUCACCGCCAUGGUCGUGGCAGCCAAAGCACUCGGGCGCCUCGCGAAACCUGGUGGCACGCUCACGGCCGAGCUGGUCGAGGCAGAAGUCAAGGGUGCGCUCGAAUGGCUGCAGCUCGAACGUCUGGAGAAUAGACGCUUUGCCGCUGUGCUCAUCCUGCGCGAACUGGCUAAGAACUCGCCCACGCUCAUGUACCAGUGGAUCGCACAGAUCUUCGAGGUGAUUUGGGUAGCGCUCCGUGAUCCUAAGGUGCUCAUAAGAGAGUCUGCCGCCGAGGCGAUUAGCGCUUGCUUUGAGAUUAUAUCACCACGCGACUCGCAGAUGCGACAACUGUGGUUCGGCAAGGUCUACGACGAGAUCCAGCGUGGCUUUGCCAUCAACACCAAUGAAGCCAUUCACGGCUCGCUGCUGACAAUGAAGGAACUGUUGGACAAGAGCACAAUGUUCUUGAACGAUCAAAAGUAUAAGGAUACUGUUGAGACGGUCCUCAAGUACAGAGAUCAUCGUGAUGCCCUCGUCAGGCGCGAAGUGGUACUCAUCAUCCCCAUACUGGCCGCCUAUUCGCCUACCGAAUUUGCGACCAAGUAUCUCCACCAAUGCAUGUUGCAUCUCCAGGGCCUCAUUCGCAAAGACCGAGACCGAGACAAGGCCUUUGUGGCAAUCGGUAGAAUCGCGAAUGCUGUGGGGGUAGCCAUCUCGCCAUACCUCGAGGGCAUACUUGGCUUCAUUCAAGAGGGUCUCAUCGCCAAAGCGCGCAACAAGUCCAUGGUCAACGAAGCGCCCAUGUUCCAGUGUCUUAGUAUGAUUGCAGCGGCUGUUGGUCAGGCACUCACCAAGUCUGUCGAACGCCUUCUGGAUCCCAUUUUCUCGUGUGGAUUGAGCGACUCCCUCUUUCAAGCUCUUGUCGAUAUGGCGCAUUAUGUACCUCCGUCCCGACCAAUGAUUCAAGAAAAGUUGCUUGAUUUGCUCAGUCAGAUCCUCGCCGGCCGACACUUCUUGCCCCUCGGCAGCCCCUAUCAGGUGUCGCAGCCACCCCAGAUAUGGACACGAGAUCACAAAGACCCACAGACCAUCGCCCCGCGAGAGGCUGAGAUUGCCCUCGCUCUUCAUACGCUCGGUAGUUUCGACUUUACAGGCCAUGUUCUGAACGAGUUCGUCCGCGAUGUAGCUAUUCGAUAUGUGGAGGCGGAUAAUCCUGAAAUACGGAAGCGUGCCGCCUUGACCUGCUGCCAACUUUUCGUCAAAGAUCCCAUUGUGCACCAGACCAGUACCCAUGCGACCAAGGUCGUGGGCGACAUCAUCGAGAAACUACUGACUGUUGGCGUUGGAGAUGUUGACCCGGAGAUCCGAUGGGAAGUUCUAAUAGCACUGGAUGCUAGAUUCGACAGGCAUCUUGGGAAGGCUGACAAUGUCCGCACUCUGUUCUUGGCGCUCAAUGAUGAAAUCUUUGGUAUCCGAGAGGCUGCCAUGUCCAUUAUUGGACGUCUAACAACGGUCAAUCCGGCUUAUGUCUUUCCUUCGUUGCGCAAGGUUCUCCUACAAUUACUCACAGAGGUCAACUACGCCAACAGUCCACGAAGCAAAGAGGAGAGUGCCAAGCUCAUCAGUAGCCUUGUUGGGGCUGCAGACAGUCUCAUCAAACCACUUAUCGAUCCCAUUGUCACUGUGCUUCUACCCAAGUCGAAAGACCCAAAUCCGGAAGUCGCUUCUACCACGCUCAAGGCCAUCGGCGACCUUGCUACAGUCGGCGGGGAGGGUAUGAUCAAGUACAUCCCGGAACUCAUGCCCGUCAUUCUUGAAUUCAUGCAGGAUCUUACUUCAGACGCAAAGCGCUUCUCUGCACUCAAAGCUCUUGGACAGCUCGCAUCCAAUGCUGGCUAUGUCAUCGAGCCGUAUAGAGAGUACCCAGAGCUCAUGAACAUUCUCAUGAACAUUGUGAAGACUGAGCCUGAAGGUGAACUUCGGAGGGAGACAGUUAGGCUUAUGGGUACCUUAGGUGCCUUGGACCCCGACGAAUACCAGAAGAUCAUGGAGCAAUCGCCCGACCGGAAUCUCAUCAUGGAAGCCCAAGCAGUCACAGAUGUAUCGCUUAUUAUGCAAGGCAUCACUCCAUCAAAUGAGGAGUAUUACCCAACCAUUGUCAUCAAUACUUUGAUGGGUCUACUCAAGGACCCGUCCCUUAUACAAUUCCACACCGCCAUCGUCGAAGCUGUCAUGAACAUCUAUGCGACCAUGGGUCUCAAAUGUGUACCCUUCCUUGCACAGGUCGUCCCCGGAUUCCUACAUGUCAUUCGCUCUACACCAGCUGGUCGGUCAGAAGGCUACUUCAACCAGCUUAGUACACUCGUUCGCAUUGUUCGCCAACAUAUCCGACCAUACCUGCCCACCAUCUUAGCGACCAUCAAAGAAUACUGGAGUAGCAGUCCACAAUUACAAGCUACCAUUCUCUCCCUCAUCGAAGCUAUUGCUCGGUCGCUGGAGGGAGAGUUCAAGGUUUACCUGGCGGAUGUUCUUCCACUCAUGCUCAGCGUCCUAGACUCUGACCACACCGGCAAGCGUCUCCCUUCGGAGAGAGUACUUCAUGCAUUCCUUAUCUUUGGGUCGAGUGCGGAGGAGUACAUGCAUCUCAUCAUCCCGGUCAUGGUCAACAUGUUCGACAAGCCUGGACAACCUGUACACAUUCGUAGGCUGGCGAUAGAGACGCUUGGCCGACUCUCGAAACAGGUCAAUGUUUCCGAGUUUGCGGCACGAAUCGUGCACCCACUUUGCCGCGUCCUGGCCGGUAACGAGCCUAGCUUGAAGCAGACUGCGCUCGAAACACUCUGUGCGCUGAUUUUCCAACUUGGACCGGACUAUAUCCACUUUGUGCCGACUGUCAAUAAGAUCUUGGUUGCCCACAAGGUACCCCAUGAAAACUAUGGUCGCAUCGUGUCAAAGCUGCAAAAGGGUGAGCCACUGCCACAAGAUUUGAGCCCGGACGAGCGCUAUGGGGAGGAUGACGAAGAUCUCAAUCCUGCUGAAAUUCUCACGAAGAAACUUGCUGUCAAUCAACAGCAUCUCAAGCAGGCCUGGGAAGCGUCGAACAAGACCACGAAAGAGGAUUGGAUUGAGUGGAUGCGAAGGUUCAGUGUCGAGCUGCUUAGAGAGUCUCCUCAGCAGGCCUUGCGUGCUUGUACUCCUCUCGGUAGUGUGUAUCAGCCCAUUGCACGAAGCCUGUUCAAUUCGGCCUUUGUGUCCUGUUGGACCGAGCUGUACGAUCAAUACCAAGAGGAGCUGGUUCGCUCCAUUGAGACAGCGCUGACAUCGCCCAACAUUCCGCCCGAGAUUCUGCAAGUGCUGCUGAACUUGGCGGAAUUCAUGGAGCACGACGACAAGGCCCUUCCCAUCGAUGUCCGUAUUCUGGGCAUGUAUGCUGGAAAGUGUCAUGCGUUUGCCAAGGCUUUGCACUACAAAGAGCUCGACUCCAGCAAACCGAUGCCGCCUUUGGUAUCCUGCGCAAGGCCCAAAAUUACCAAGACGUCGAGUUGA